AGCGGCCAUGGCUACGACAGGACCCCCCUGGACGUGGAUGGUCGGUGCGCUGGUCACCGCUCUGAUUCUGCGGGUGACAGAGCCCGUUCUUGCAAAUGAUACUUCCUGCAACACCGCCCCUGGCUUCGGGGCCUCUGGGGGCGCCCAGGACCUCGGGAGCGGGGCCAGAGGGGACACCCGCGAGAACGACAGCAGCAGCCGCAUCGUCAACGGGACCGACUGCGACCCGCACGCCCAGCCGUGGCAGGGGGCGCUCCUGCUGAAGCCCAACCAGCUCUACUGCGGGGCGGCGCUGGUGGCCCCGCAGUGGCUGCUCACCGCCGCCCACUGCAGGAAGAAAAUUUUCAAAAUCCGCCUCGGCCACCACUCCCUGUCGCCCGUAUAUGAACAUGGGCAGCAGAUGUUCCACGGGGUCAAGUCCAUCCCGCACCCUGGCUACUCCCACCCUGGCCACUCCAAUGACCUGAUGCUCAUCAAACUGAACAGAAGAAUCCUUGAGAGUCAGAAUGUGAAGCCCAUCAACAUCUCCUCCCACUGCCCAGCUGUUGGUACCAGCUGCUUGGUGUCUGGCUGGGGAACAACCAGCAGCCCCCAAGUGACCUUCCCCAAGGUCCUCCAGUGCUUGAACAUCACUGUGCUGAACCACGAAAGGUGCAAGGAGGCCUACCCGGGACAGAUAGAUGCCACCAUGUUCUGCGCUGGCGAUGAGGUGGGCAGAGACUCCUGCCAGGGUGAUUCUGGGGGGCCCGUGGUCUGCAAUGGCACCCUACAGGGACUCGUGUCCUGGGGAGACUUUCCCUGUGCUCAGCCCAACAAACCCGGGGUCUACACCAACCUCUGCAAGUUCACCAAGUGGAUCCGGGACACCAUCCAGGCCAACUCAUGAGUCAUCCCAGGGCCGGGCGUUCUGGUGUCCCCCACCCCC